UCAAUCAUCGAAGCAGAUAAAGCGGGAUUUGGUGAUCAAUAUGUAUGGGAUGUUGUUGGAGAGCGUUCAACAUUUUGUGAAGAUGGAAUACGGGGAAGAAUUCUGGAAGGAAAUCAAAACAAUAGCCAAAUGCGACUACGACAAAUUCAAAACCCACCAGGUUUAUCCUGACUUCAUCCUUGGAUCAUUAGCAGCGGCUUGUGCCACACUCACCAAUGCGUCUUACGACAACUUCAUGAAUUUUUUCGGAAGGUGUUUCGUCAGGUUUUUCACGAAUUUGGGAUACGAUGUUACUGUGAAGGCGACUGGCAGAUAUUUCACGGAUUUUCUGGAAAGCGUCGACAAUAUUCAUUCCCAAUUUCGAUUCACUUACCCCAAAAUGCAAAGCCCCUCAAUGUAUUUGACCGACAUCGACUCACACGGUUGCGUCCUUGUAUACAGGAGUGGUAGACAAGGAUUCACACAGUACAUCAUGGGUCAGCUGCAACAAAUUGCCAAAGAUUUUUAUGAUUUGAAACUGAAAGUCAAAGUUUUGGAAAAAGCUUCUUCCGCUAGUGGACCAAAAAAUCAUGUCAUUGUUACUUUCAGACUGGAUUUUGACAACAGAGCUUACAUGCUGCACAAAAGUCAGAAAGAAUCUUUCAGACAGGUUGACCCACUAACAACAUUCUCACGGGAUCUCCUAUUGGAACUUUUUCCGUUCGGUUUGGUUGUAGACACUAGUAUGGUUGUCGUAGGCCAUGGACAGCGAUUUUUCGAAAUAUGGCGAGGGGAAGAAGCUCUGUUGGGCAAACCAGUCACGAAUAAUUUCAGAAUAAGGAGACCUAAGGGCGUGUCAUUCACCUGGAAAAAUACACUGAAUCUACAACCCGUAAUGUUCGAGCUGGAAUGCAACAGAGGAAUCACAAAUUAUAACGAUAGUGAGGAAUCUGAAGAAAUAAAAGAGGAUAGUGGAUCCAUUUCACCGGUGCCCGGAACCAAGAACAUUCUCCUCAAGGGACAGAUGAAAUACAUACGUGAUAUCAAUUCCAUUAUUUAUUUAUGUAGUCCUAUAAUAAAUGAUCUUGGCGAUCUUAAGGAUCAAGCACUUUACUUGAAUGAUCUAAAUCCGCACGGCCUGAGUAAAGAGUUGGUUUUAGCCGAAUGGCAGCAUAACUCCAAACUUGAAGUCAUGUUUGACGAAGCCGAACAGAGAUCUAACGAGUUGGACACGAAUUAUACACUCCUUGAAACUUGGAAACGUAGAGGAGAUGAAUUGUUGUAUUCUAUGAUCCCCAAAACAGUCGCAGAUAGACUGAGAACAACUAAAUCAUCUCUCAGUACUUGUGAGGCCUUCGAAGAAGUCACCAUAUUAUUCUGCGAGUUAGUUGGUCUGACCUCCCAGACUGUUAAAGAAACGAUGGUAGUUGUUUCAACAAUGAAUACAGUCUUCUCUUGUUUCGAUUCCUUACUGGACAAACUUCAGGUCUACAAGGUGGAAACUGUGGGACAAAUAUACAUGGCAGCUAGCGGUGCUCCAGAAAGAACUCGAUUUCAUGCUCAAAAUAUAGCAGAAUUGGCAUUAGAAAUGCUGAAAGCCAUCAAGAAUAUGACAUGUGCUGGAAAAACAGAAGUUCAACUGAGAAUAGGAAUCCAUUCCGGGCCUGCUGUGGCCGGUGUCGUUGGUAUAAAAGUACCUAGGUACUGUUUCUUUGGAGAUACUGUGAAUACUGCGUCACGAAUGCAGUCGACUAGUGAGCCUGGCAAAAUAAAUAUUACAAGUUAUACAAAAACGCUACUACCCAAGGAAAAAUACAAAACUCAAAGUAGAGGCAGUGUCUACGUCAAGGGAAAGGGAGAAAUGCAAACAUUCUGGUUAUUGGAAAAUGACCCAUCAGAAACUGUUGAUUUUUGAAACCUUAAAAACUUGCCAAGGAAUCGAAACUAGUGCAGGUACUAAACAGAUGUAGUGAUCAACAUGUAGAUCCAGAUAAAUAAAUACA